GAGAGAGAGAGAGAGAGUGAGAGAGGUGAAUGAUUUAGAAAGUAAAGAAGGUUAAAUGAAAAUGAGUGAAGCACAGCACAAGGACAAGACUGUGUUUUAAAAAAACUCGGAUUAAAUUCAUUUUCCAUCCACUAACCGGCUUCCCUGGAUCUUGCCAACACUGCCACGUGCUCACCACUGUCUACCAGACAAGAAUUUGGCAUCCUGCAGUCGCCCUCAUCUGUGGAUAUGCCACUGCGUUGGUAACACAACAUUUCAGCUUGUGUAUGUGUCAGCACAGGAGGUGCAGAGUUUGUGAUAUGGAACUUAUCAGUUCAACUCUGGAAUGCUUUAAGAAAGUCGCCGACAUGGAUUAAGGAAAUAUGUGGAGAUUCGGGCGAGUUUUAUCCUCCUUUUGGAGAGAACGGACACUUCUCGACUCAUAGCUUUUGUUUCCCUUUUGUCCAAACUGGAGGUCUAAAUGAAUCUUUCAUGAUUUUAAACUUGUGGAACUUUGCCUGCACAUUUCUGUGAGUUUACGUGAGAUGUGAUGUCAGCGGCUCAGGUGCCACUGGCGAUGCCCGCUGUGUGCCCGAGUGUAGGGGGUAAGGAAUGGUGUUUUCAGGAUGCGGUGGGGGUGGACUGCAGCUCUCCCGAGCCUCGAUGUAUCUGGGUGGCUGUUUUGCACGGAGAAACACCACAAACAAACGGACAAAUUUCGGACCUAGAGACUGACACUUUUGAGAGCACAAAUGGCAUCAGGGUUGGCAGAGCUCUGCUGAGACCCUCACCGACCAACAGGGCAAAGGGGCGGAGAGAUGGCGUCUCUUCAUCCAGUGAGAACCCUCGGCCUGUGGUCAGGAGUGGGCCAGAGGGGUUGGGUGUGUCCUGGCAGGGUCCACGUACACUCUUGCUUCAUAAAAACUCUCAGGGCUUUGGCUUCACGUUACGUCAUUUCAUCGUUUACCCGCCAGAGUCCGCCCUGCACACUAACCUCAAGGAUGAAGAGAAUGGAAAUGGAAAGGGGCUCCAUCGGAGUCGCCUGGAACCUAUGGACACCAUCUUUGUUAAGAGUGUGAGGGAGAAAGGCCCCGCCCACCAGGCUGGUUUAUGUACAGGAGACCGGCUGGUUAAAGUAAAUGGAGAGAGUGUGCUGGGUAAGACGUACUCGCAGGUCAUUGCACUGAUUCAGAACAGUGAAAGUGUACUGGAGCUCUCAAUAAUGCCAAAAGAUGAGGAUGUCCUGCAGCUGGCAUACUCUCAUGAUGCCUACCUAAUAGGCAACGACCCAUACAAAGGAAAGGCCCGAAAUCUUCCUCCACCACCACCUCUACUCUACGCUCCACGAACAAAAUCACAACCUCCUGUAGGAUACUCCCCUAGGACUGCCCCGACUUCUCCACUCAUGGGGCAAAACCAGCUGGACAACUGGAGCCACUGGCACGGCUCCCCCUCGGGUCCCUCUUUGCCUCUUGACAACCGCACAGUCGCUUCCAGCAACACUCUCUGGGCGGCCGAGGGAAGGAGCUGUGAGCCAGGCGGUGUUGGUCACAGUAGCCCUGCUCACCGAACCGAAGAGAUCCAGUAUGGAAUGACUGAUAUGGGACAAAUGAGAGGACGGACAUACUCAUCCUCUUCUUCAUCAGGAGGACCGCUGAGCCCACUGCAUCAUGCUCAUUUUUCCAAUCACAACGUGGGUACUGGCAUGGCGCACAUUGGAGGCCGCAAGGAGAGUCCCCCUUGGGUCAGUCCAUCUCAUUCAACUUCGACACCCCCAUCCAGCCGCAGCGAAUGCACCCAACAAGCCCUUACCAACUGGUACUACAGUCAGGUACCGGGUCGGGAGCGAGAGCGUUCAAAUUCCCGCUCCUUGCUCCCACGGCACAGGAGUUUCUCACAGGAUCGUCUGGUUGAGAGUAGAAGGGCCAGACGUAUCCAGCAUGCAGCUUUUCCCCACAGUGCGUCACAAGACACGUUGUUGCUUAUGCAGCAGCAGCAGAGCUCUCCGAUGCAUGUUGACCCCCACUGGAGCCAUGGAGACCAGCGGGGUGAGCGUGUAUACAUACAGAACAAAUCGGUGGUGUCUCAUGGGCGCAAAUCCACCGAAAACCUUCUGGCAAGCCGGUUUGGGCACUCAGGACGUUCACUGGAAGCUUUAGACCAAGUUGUGGGGAUGUGCUCACCACAGCUGGAAAGACCCACCUGGGUCCAGCAGCCCCCAAACAGAACUGAAGCCUUUCCAAGGCAUGGGGGGCGUUUUGCCCAACACAGAGAUACGCUCCAACAAAUUCAACACCACCACCAAACAGCUCAACAUGAGCAGCACCAAACGCAACACCACACACCCCAGCACCUUCAACACACAACUCAGCGUCAAAACCUCACACAUACACCACAACACACGCAGCGCUCAUCUCAGGCAUCACAACCUCAGCAGGCAGCUUCACAGACAAGACAUUUACCCUCUUGCCAGAGUCUAGACGAAGAGCCAAUCGGCUACCGCAGCUACAGCCCGUCUUUUAUUCGCAAGACUGGCCGCAUCCUGCAGCAAGCCCAGUCAUUUAGAGACCCCUCUUACACAGGUCCACACCUAAGUUGGACCCCUACACCCAAAACUAGUCCUCCGGAGGGACUUCCCUCCUCGUCCGCUCCCUCCCCAACCCCACCGACCACCUCCACAUCCACAACUUCCAUUUCUACACCCCCUGAAGGACAAGACAAAGCUUACCGGCCCACUAAUCACGACAGAGGGGCUGGAGAAGCAACAGGAGAAGCCCAGGCUCAGACACAGGAAGUGGUUAUGAGGCAGAAACCACCCAUUGGCCGCAGGGGUGCAAACGCGCUCCGGCACCAACACUGCGCCCUGGCUCUUGAUUCCAGUGACCCAUUACUCUUUACCUCUGACCCUACGGAUCCCCCUGCCAAAGCUGAAAGUGCCAUAUCUCAUCGGCGCACGAAUGGUAACCUACCACCGCUCUCUAUAGAUGAUGACUCUCUUGCUUCAAUCCCUUUCAUAGAUGAGCCGACCAGUCCAACUGCAGAUCUGCGGGCGCGUCACGUCCCUGCCUCCUCCGUCGUGUCCAGUGGCGGCCUUAACUCCGCCCCUGCUGUGGCCACAUGCCCCGCCUCCCAAACCUUCACCUUUCCCCACCGUCUUUUCUCCCUCAACUGCACAGAGGAUGCCAAGUCUAAUCGUCGUUCCUCUUACCUGUUGGCCAUCACCACUGAACGCUCCAAGUCAUGUGAUGAGGGGCUUAACGCAUAUAGAGAGGAGGGCCGGGGCUUCUCGAGGAUUUCAAAGAGAGUUAAGAGCUUUUUUAAUGAUGGGUCUCUGGAGGGUCUUGAUGUCGCUGAAGAGGUUCGCUCGAAACGUCACUCUACCUCUGAGCUGGGCAGUAUCAGCUACAGUGACGUGAAACGAGAAGGAUGGCUUCACUUCAAACAGAUCCACACGGAAAAGGGCAAGAAGGUGGGUAGUGCCAUCUGGCCUUGGAGAAGGGUCUUCUCUGUGCUUCGAACGCACUCACUGUUCCUCUACAAAGACAAGCGAGAGGCGGUGCUCAAAGGGGCGGCAUUGGGCGGCGGGGCCGAGGAAGAGCAGCCCAUCAGCAUCAGGGGUUGCCUCGUAGACAUAGCGUACUGCGAAACGAAACGCAAGAAUGCCCUGCGCCUGACCACGCAGGACUUCUGUGAAUAUCUGCUGCAGGCCGAGGACAGAGAAGACAUGCUGGAGUGGAUCAAAGUCAUCAGAGAAAAUGGCAAGACGGACAAUGAGGAAAUGGGUUUCUCCCGCCAGGCUCUCAUUAACAAGAAACUGAAUGACUACAGAAAGCAGAGUCCAACGGGUAAUAAACCAGACUCCUCACCCAGAGUGCCUCGAAUGACAUUUCUCCACAGCAAUGCGCCUCCGCGCUCACCAAAGCAUGAGGCUAAAGAAGAGAGCAGCCCGCCUAAAUCUCCAUGGGGCAUAAACAUAAUGAAGAAGGCCAAAAAGCCCGGUCCUAAAGCUUUUGGAGUGCGUCUAGAAAACUGCCAGCCCGCUACCAACAACAAGUUUAUUCCUCAGAUUGUGGAGAUCUGCUGUGGUUUGGUGGAGGACAUGGGGCUGGAAUAUACGGGAAUCUACAGAGUACCAGGAAACAAUGCGGUAGUGUCCAGUCUACAGGAACAGCUCAACAAAGGGGUCGAAAUCAACAUUGCUGAUGAGAAAUGGCAGGACCUGAAUGUGGUCAGCAGCUUACUGAAAUCCUUCUUCCGAAAACUUCCUGAACCUCUGUUCACAGAUGACAAAUACAAUGACUUUAUUGAGGCCAAUCGAAAGGAGAACCCCAGCGAUAGACUCAGAACCAUGAAGAAACUGAUACGUGAUCUACCAGAUUAUUAUUUUCACACUCUAAAGUUUUUAGUUGGACAUCUGAAGACUGUGGCAGACAACUCUGACAAGAACAAGAUGGAACCACGUAACUUGGCUCUAGUUUUUGGCCCCACCCUCGUUCGGACAUCAGAGGACAACAUGACAGACAUGGUCACCCACAUGCCUGAUCGAUACAAGAUAGUAGAGACACUCAUUCAGCAUUACCUUUGGUUUUUCUGUGAAGAACACGAAACAGAUGAAAAGACACCAGUGGACACAGAGGAUGUUCAGCCUGCACCCAACAUCGAUCACCUCCUCUCUAACAUCGGCCGAACAGGCAUACUAGGAGAGGCGUCAGACUCAACCAACAGUGAUUCUGCAAGAUCUAAGGGGUCGUGGGGAUCAAAACGUGACUUUACUGCCAAGGAUAUCCUGACGUUAUCGAUCAUGUCGGCUGUGACCCGCAAACGCAGAAAACGGCGUAACGGCCGUCUCGUGGGCAGCAGCACGGAUGACGAUUCUGAGCACGAGCGUAUUAAAUCCUGUGUCUCCGAAACUGACGAUUUGCAGGAGAUGGGGCAAGUUGCAUCCUUCUCUGCCCCUCGAGCAGAGGGAGAGGAAGAUGAAGAAGAGGAGGAUGAGGAAGAGGAGGAGGAGGAGAGACAGGCAGCAGAACAAGAGAAAGAGGAGGAAGUAGUUCCCAGUAUUUCCUUAACAGAGGAAGCCCCUCCUGUAGUGCUACUAAGUGAAGAGGAGGAGCAACGAUCAGAGGUGAAAGGUCGCAGUUGGAGGGGUGACGACGCACGUUCUAUUGUGUCCGGAUACUCCACUCUAUCCACAUUAGGGCGGAGCUUAGCAUCAGAGGGGCGCGGCGAAGAUGCAGAUGAUGAAAACAGUGAACUGAUCAGUGAAACCGAUAACGAAAGUGGAUUCGCUUCACGUUCCCUCACCCAGGAGCGGCCAGAGAAACCAGCCCGUUCCCCCCAAAACUCACAAGCAUCACCCGAACCGACCGCCCCACGCAGUUUUCUCUAUUCGCACUGUAAAUCCCCAACUCCUUCAGCUGCCUACGACUCCACCCCCGCUCCUCCUCCUCCUCCUAGCCACAUAACUCCUAACCCUGAAAAUAAAUCGACAGAUGGAGCGGUACGUGCCUCCACUGCCUCCAGCUCCUCUCACUCAUCAUCCACUUCCCAGCGCCCCCACAGCCGCCAUUCCUUUAACUCCCAUCGGCUCAUACAGUGCGACACUCUCGCACGCCGUCGGAUAAAGGUAGACAAAGCAAAAGCUCAAUCCUUGGACCUUUUCGAACUUUCCAGCUCCCCCACCGCAGAAGGGGAGCAACGAUCCAGUGCGAAUCAAACACCAAGCCACCUUCCUGAUUCCUUCCGGUCUCCAUCGCCAAGAUCCAAAUCCUCCAAAGGUCUUGGCGUGAGAAACGAGUGUACUACGGUGUCUUCAUCUGGGCCUGGAAGUAAAAGCUGCUUUUCGUCUCCUGAGCAGGCGUCUCUUGCGGAUCAGGUACGGGCUCGACUCCUAGGCUCAGCUGACGACCUGCGCAGCGUCGGGCUGAGGAAACAACUCUCGCCGGAGACUCGUAGAAAGAGACGCGCGUGGAGGAGGCACACCGUUGUGGUCUCCCCUACCGAUUGUUCUGACAAGACACUUGCCAUCGCUGCCGCUCGCACUACCAGCAACAAAAACCUUCCUUUAGCAUCAUCCUUUCCUACUGAAAGAGGGUCACACCCUGAGAGUUCAGAGACUGAUGCCCUAACUGCACGACGGGCAAUGCCUACCUCUCGCUUUCGUGACUUCUUAUAGCAAUGGAGAACAACUGUGUGUACAGGCUAGUGAACCAAGAGAGCUGGAUUUGUUUUUAUUUGUAGCAGUGUCUUCUAAAGUACGUGCUAGCUGCUUUUAGAUGCGUUCACACUGACAGCGAUUAAAUCGAUGGUUGGUAGUAGGCGCAAAGGUUGACAUGUGUUCCACUGUCUGCACUCCCAUUGAUGGCUGAUGCAUUACAUCAUUGCUCAUUUGCAUAAAAAUGGCUGUUCCCUCAAACAGUGCACUAUUUAAGGGUAUAGGGAGCUGUUUCGGACAUUGAAAAUGA